CCCCCCCCCCCCUCGAGUGACGUCAUCGCUGUCCUUAUAUCGAGAGGCGGCGGCCGCCUGGGCACAAUAGAGCGGCAGCGAUGACACAGAGAGGAGCAAUGGAAACAGACACGGAGCGAGCGGAGCCAGCGUCAGAACAUGGCACCCCCCUGUACCCCUCUGAUGGCGGCUGAGGAUCCCCUGCGUCCCCCCUUGCUCCAUGCCCUUUUCUACCGCCCGGAGCCUGACGAGGACGACGAUGACGAGCAGGGGUGGGACGGGGACAGCCCCGGCACCCCCCCAACGGAUGGGGACCCUCCCAAAAUUGAGGAAUCCCCGAAGGCUGAAGAACCCGUGAGCAGCGAGGACCGCGGCACCAAGAAAGUACGGUUCAAUCUUCAGGUCCAGGUGUUCCUGCUCCAGCCCCCUCCAGACCCUGAUGCCCGCCGAGGUCCUUGGGAGACCAUGGCCCGCGACCGCCUGCGCUUUGCCCGCCGCCGGGCCCUGCUGCGCCCCGUCCUCGACCCCGUCCUGCAGCCUGCCCACCGGGAGCGUGUUUGGGAACGGCUGCAGCGAGGGGAGAGCCUCCGGGACCCCCCGAGGACCCCGCUGCUGGAGGAACCCCCCCAGGAACCCCCAGGCUGAUGGGAAGCCCCGAGACCCCCACUUGUUGAAGAGGAGUACCCCACGGACGGGGAAGGCCCUGAAUGCUCAGGGUGGGGGGGGAGGGUGAUAGGGGCUGACCUCCCCCCCCCCCCUCCUUCCCCCACUGUUAUUUAUUUAUUAUUUAUUUUAUAUGUAUUUAUAUUUUUAUUUAUUAAACCUGUAAAAUAAACUCACUUUUACACCUA